CGUAACUAGUGUCAAAAGUCAAUGUUAUGAGUUUAGAUCGUAUGCUUUCAAAACAUCGUUCUUAAACGUGUGUAAUGUUGUAAUUCGUCAACACGUACGCAUAAAUACUGCAGUGGAGUGUAACUUUUAACUAACAAUUGCUGUUAAAAUUUCUUUCGAAGUGGGGUGGUUGUUUGGUUUGCUUCGGUGAGGUGGUAUGCCUGUUGGUUAAACCACUGUUGAUGGUUUUGCCGGUUUAAUUAAAUUUGUGUGGAUUUAAAAAAUACUUGGUGGCUAAAAUAAUAAAAAAACUUGAAUGAAAACAAGGCAGCAUUAAUUUUUAUUAGCGGUAUGUCAAAAAGGGCAAUAAAAAUCGAUCGGUUGUGGGGAUGAUUCAUCCUUGAAGAAAAUCGAUAAUUUCGUUCCAAGUUUUAUUUCUUUUUAAUACCAGGAAAAACAUGUUACCUGAGCCGUAUUAUUUAGGAAAAUACUUUCACGAGACGUUUAGAGUGAACCCUGACAGUCAAAAAAAACGACUGGAAUGGAAAAAACUAAAAAAGAAAACCAUAAAGUCACGGAAUAAACAGAAAAGUAAAUUAGAACUGAUGUGUGAAAAUGACUUCCAGACACCACCGGAGAUGGAAUUACCAGGAAAUGCAUCAGCUUUCGCAGUGUUCGCAUCGAUUCGAUUAGCUGUUUUAGACCGGUGGAUGCGACAAGCAACUCAGGAAUAUUUGCAGAGUAGUUGUAGUGCACCUUUACAGGAUCAGAGCGAGAUUGACAGUGAUACUGAAGAUAAUAGUCAAAGUAGCACGUAUAUUCCAAUUAAAGUGUCAAAAGUUGUUGGCCUAGGACUCAGAUCAGUUUUUGAACUAAUUAAAGAGAGUCGUAUAACUCAUCCAACUCUUUGUACAAAAGCACUGUCAGCGUUGUUAGAUGUCUUGCAAGGACAAACUCCAGAAGGAUUGAAAUCAGAACCACCGGAUGUGAUUGAUCCUUUGUUUGAUCUUUUACUGGACUUGGCAUGUAUGCAUGGACCUGAAAGCUCAGUUCCAAAUGAUGGUACUCAUUUAACUGCAAUAGCUUGUGCGUGUUUGUUGUCCUUAGUUGUGGUUAGAGGUGAUACUGGAAAAUAUUUAUCGGCAGCUGCAGCAUUACUAAUGUGUCCUAGAGCUUUAUCUGUGCAAAAUAUACAGAUGCCAGCUGUGCUGUCAUCACUCCAAAGAAGUGUUCAAGGCGUAUUAUUAGGCAAAGUAAUUCGACCAGACUGGAUAACACAUGGCGUCCCUAAUGAUUCUAAAAUUGAUUCCUUUAUAGUAAAAAUGCCACAUGAUUUACAAAAUAUAAUUUUAUUAUUAAAGUCACUUGCUUGUGAUGGUCAAUACCUUUAUUUGUUCACCUGUCAUGGUCUUUUGAAAAUAGGGACUGGCUAUGGUGGGACUCUCAAAGGUCAUGUUUACUUUUGGAAGCCAGAUUUUUAUCCUAAUGAUACAGGAAGUUUAGUAUAUUGUCCGGAUAAUUUAUAUUUAAAACUGAAUGGUCGACGAGGCAACGAAUUUUUAAUAGUAGAAAGAACAAAUUUGUUAAUAUCGGGGUCCGUUCCGUUACAUAGUCGGGACGAAUCUGCCUCAGUAAUUUUUUCUGAUGGCGACAACUUGGGAACUAUUUCUCCUUCAAGAGAUGACGGUUUUGUUGUUCGAAUUUUAAAUCAGCAUGCGUCUCCUGCGUCACUAGUUACUGAACUUCCAUUAAAAUUAGCAAGAAAGUGUGUUGAUGUGUUUGGGGUCGCCCCAUUUGAUGAAGAAGGUAGUUCUCAUACUGUUAAUACUGGCAGUGAGGAAGAAGUGGCCACUAUUUGUGCUGGAAAGGAGUUUGGUUUAAUUAAAACCACUACCGGAAAAGUUCUAUAUUGCGGCAAAGCUUCAUCUUUGGGGAUCAAACAAGCCGGGGUACGAACUGGUAAAUGGUCUGAACUGGUUUUGACAAAAGCCCCAAAAGUUACCCAUAUUGCAGUUGGUCAUGAUGGUCUGCAUGCAAUAUUAUUAACUGAAGAUGGAUCUGUAUUUUUCGCCGGUACUGCACGACGCGGGGAAGAUGGAGAUCAGAGUAAAGUUCGACGACAACCUAAACCUAUUAAGCCUAAGAAAAUGAUUAAAGUUGAUGGACAAUUCAUUGUUUCAGCAGCUUGCAAUAAUGGAACGACGGCUUUAGUAACAAGAGAUGGAGAAUUGUUAAUGUUUGGAAAAGAUACUGCUCAUGUUGAUUCAUCCACAGGACUCGUUUGCAACUUAAAGGGCGAGUUUAUAGUUCAGGUCGCAUUAGGUAAAGCUCACGCAGUAGCACUCACAAGCAAAGGUCAAGUUUACACUUUCGGCAUCAAUAAUAAGUACCAAUGCGGUAGAGAUUUUGUCUCGACCAAUAAAGAAGGUACUUCCCAUAAUAUUGUCGCAAUGGAUACUUGCGGUACACAGGACGAGCACGACCUUUACGAAGAAAGUGACGAAAACAGAAAAGACAGUGAAACGGUGGCCGGAGGUUCUGAUUGUAACGUAAUAGAACCGCACCAGAAUAUGUGUCCUGCAGGAAUGCACUCGUGGCACGACAACAAAUGCAUGAUAUGUACUGUCUGCAGGGAAUGUACAGGCUAUUCUAUAAGUUGCUUAUCAUCAAUGAGUGCCGAACGAAAUCCUGGACAGGAAUGUGGAUGUGGCGAAGGAGACAGUGGGUGCUCUAUAUGCGGUUGUUGCCGUAUAUGUGCGAGGGAAGUGGUCGACAAUUCUGAGUUGGCGGAUUUAGCUGGGAUGAUGAGACUCGAUUUAAUUUUCCGCGAUAAAGUUUUGAUUCCACCGAGACAGAGAACAAAAUUGCAAGAACAAAUACAAAGUCGGUUAGAAGAGCGAAAAAAUAGGGGUAGGAAAUCGAGUGCCGGUCCUAGUAAACAAACUGCUAAAGUUAAGACUUUAAGACCUGCGGUAUCUGCGUCGCCCACUCACAGAUCUGGUAAUAACUCGGUCAGACAAUGUAAUGUUCUGGGAACAGUAAAAGAGCAAGGAGGAUCUGACGUUGAACGCGACGCCACAAGAAUUGCAUGCUUACCACCCGCAAAAAUUCACUUACCAUCUGACAGUCCCGUCGUUCAAAUUGCUUGUGGACUGCAUCACAGUGUCGUACUUUUACAAAACGGACAGGUAUACAGUUUCGGGUCAAAUUUAUAUGGUCAGUUGGGAUGUGGGGACAUCUUGGCAAAAAAUAGUCUACAACUUGUGAAACUUCCGUGUAGCGCUGUACAUAUUGCAGCAGGCAGUAACCAUACAGUAGUAUUAACUUCGAAAGGAGAGGUCUACACGUUUGGAAAUUAUCAAAAGGGGCAGUUGGGGAGACAGCCACCUACUUCCUCACCUCAGGAUUGUUCUCAGCCUGGUCAAAGCAGCAGCUCUAGGUAUAGCAACCCAAGAACCCCUUGGUACUGUAUUCCAGCCCUGAUACCAAACGUCGGUCCUAAGCACGGUCGUAGAGCAACCUGGGUAGGAGCAUCUGGCGAUCAAACCUUUUUAAAAAUUGACGAAAGUCUGAUUAAUUCCAUUAGUAUUUCGAAAUCGAUAGUUACAGCCAAUAAAUAUUCAAUAAUGUUGUUACCAAGCCAUGAGGAAACAGCACGUAGUUUCAAAUGUUUGGUAAUCAAUAAAAGAGACGGCAACUGCAAUUCUUUCAAAGGUCCAGAACAAGUAGAUUUCUGCAGCAAAAUCGUGUGCAUGGACCCUAUCUACAACGUACUAUGGUCAUACAACGCCAUUAGCAACGAAGUUAUCUGCUAUAACAUAAUCGCAACCGAGUUACAAACCAAAAAUACCGUUAAAACCUUCGAUAACAAAUUCCUUUUUCAAGUGAAAACACUAAACGAUAGCAUUUCCGAAAUCUCUGACAAUACUUUCAACAUUGCUUCUAUAUUAUCACCGGAAUUGUCUUUACCCGUAAUCACCAACUGUCACGUAACUAGGUUUCAAGCAGCCAUUAAUUUGCUGUGCUGCUUAGACACACUAACUGUAGCACAUGACUUACAAAUGGCCGCAGUUAAGGAAGAAAUAGACGAAAGACAACUAGUAUCUGGAAAACAAUAUUCAAAAGAAGAUUUUCAAAGUGUGAACCGGUUUGAAAAUCAUGGUGGGGGCUGGGGAUACUCUGGUCAUAGCAUCGAAGCUAUUCGAUUUAUGGCUGAUACUGAUAUACUUUUGGGUGGUUUUGGGUUAUUCGGAGGUCGUGGCGAAUAUACCGCAAAAUUAAAAUUGUUGGACAUAGGGCCUGAUGGGGGCGAACAAGAAGGUGAUGGUGAGCUGCUCGCUGAAACUGAGGAGGUUCCAUAUGAAUGCGGACCGCGACAGAAGUAUCCGCUACUAUUUGAUGAACCUAUACAGCUGCAGGCCCAUCGUUGGUACGUUGCUUGGUGCCGCAUAAGCGGCCCCAGUAGUGACUGUGGCUCUUCUGGUCAAACUAUGGUAACGACGGAAGAUCAAGUUUUGUUCUAUUUCAAAUCGUCAAAGAAAUCUAACAAUGGAACGGAUGUUAAUGCCGGUCAAAUACCUCAACUACUAUACAAAGUUAUUACUCCUGAGAAUAGCGCGCCACCGAGACAAGUGGAUAUCAUAGAACCGGUGCAUAUUUUAUCCAAAGACUUUUCUAGAACUGUCACUAAAGAGUGUUUUCAAAGUCUUCUGUCACUUCUUCAGUGGUCCUGGAAUACGUUUAAGUGGGGAGUUGUUGAGGGACAGUCUAUUAAAAACAUGUACACUAAUUUGGAGUUGGAACGUUUGGUGUACAUUAGUCGAGCGAGUUUGAGGCUCAUUCACACAUACACUAAUGAGAUAUAUCCAAGUCAGAUUAUAAAAAAGAUUCCUUUGGAGAAUGUUCAUUUGGCUGAAAGUGUAGGCGAUGUGCGAACCUUGCUAAAACAAAUCUUGUCGGAUAACUUGCCGAUUCUCUUGCACAAAAAAUCCAGCAAAUCUAAAAACCUAACCCAAAAUAUCGUUCUUAUGAACAGUCUACUUGAAGAAUGUCACAACACUUUUGUUGCUUGUUUUCACGCAUUUUACCCCACCGCGUACUUAAAAUGGAAUUGUUUGUGCGAUUUAUUGUCUGAAAUAGAUAAAGAAUCAUCUAGGUCGUCACCUUUCAACAGCCAACGAUUACUAAGUGCCGUAUUAUGUGCUUUAUGCGCCCCUAGUGUACGCUUGAGGAGUACUUUCCCUUUGUUGGGAAGCACAAUAAGUGCGGAUAACUCGAUGCACAGAGGUUUAAGUCCAUCAGACAAUUCCGGUGCACCUAUGAUGAAUAUUUCGGACUCCCACCACUAUCCAGUUCUCGUAGAACAAAUGAGUUACAAAAGCCAAUUUUUUCAGAUGGACUGCUACCUCGGUCCCUUGUGGCAGUGGAAGGAUGUUUUAGACCGUCUUUUGCAGUUAGUUUCCGAACCUAUAAAUCAAACGCUUAAAAACAGUAAAACUACGUGUUUGCCUGGACUCACUAAACACUGCUGUCAUUUGUUAGCGAGAGUGGUGGCGGAGUUGGUUCAUCAGUGCAGUACCACUGAAGAAGAUUUACAAAGUGCGUGUGGGAGAAUAUUACACAUGACGACGUCGAGAUUUACAAGGACCAAUCAAUCACGCACUUGGAACACAGGCAAUGGAUCUCCUGAUGCUAUUUGUUUUCAAGUAGACCGUCCAGGUAUUUCCGUUGCCGGGGUGGGAGUGUAUGGCGGAAUCGGUCACUAUGAAUACGAAUUAGAGCUACUUGAGGAUCAAAGUUCGCUUAGCGGUUCCGAAAGCCAUACCCACACUCAGCGCUGGAACAGUUUAGAAAUAACCAGAGGUUCUUUCGUACCUGAGGAUUUUGCUCCAGAUAUAAUCGAAAUUAAGUUUGACAGGCCAGUACCGAUCAAAGAAAAUAUUAAGUACGCUAUAAGAUUGCGAAAUCACGGUGGUAGAACUAACAAUGGUGAUGGAGGAUUAAAUUCCGUAAAAGGUUCCGAUAACACUACUUUCACUUUUUCCACGUGUUCAUUGAGUUUUAACGGCACCACACUUACAAGGGGGCAGAUUCCUGUGAUAAUGUAUUAUAGUAAUCCGGUGGAAUGUGGAAAAACAUCCACGACUAAAUUAGAACAGCAAGCUCGCAAAGCUGCGCUUUCUAUGGCGAGUGCUAUAAUUCAAAGUGCUUGUGAAUUGAUGGCUUCUGCGAGAGAAAAGGCUGAGGAAAUGUCUUCAGCCGAGGUUUUGAGUAACUCGUAUAUGGUCAUGACACUUUUACCUUUAGUAUUGGCACAUAUCAGUCCUCUGGCGACUAGUGAUCCACGUAGCGCAGUACACAUACUGACACUAAUUCAAGAAAUAUUGCCUCACGUUUCUGCUCUGAAUUUGCUUGGUGGAUCAACGCCUAUAAUAAAUAAGUCACUUGUUUCGUCUAACUUAUCUAUAACACAGGACAGUGUAGAAUAUAAAACCAACACUACUAGCCAUCAUUACACUUGGGUACAGGGGGAUCAUCCUUACAAACCUGCCACAGUUUCAAAUUACCGGGUGAUUUUUCCGGAAAGUGUGAAGUGGAUGACUUUAGAAUUUGAUCCAGCCUGUGCCACCGCUCAACCCGAAGACUCUCUUCAACUAUACGUUCCUUCACUUGAUUAUCCUGCUAAAACAGUUCCUAAUAAAUCUUUCGAUUUAGACGAAACCGAAUCGCCGCCUCUACCAUAUUGGCCGGUCCUGCACAAAUUCACCAGCUGUUUGCAGUGGCCCACAAAUUCCGUAGUUCUUCCAGGCAACGAAGUCAUCUUUUCGUUGGAGACGGCAUCCGAUUAUCUCAAGGAUGAUAGGUCUAGUUCUUACGGUUUUAAAUGUUUGGUGGUGGGGUACGAAUGGCCUCCUGCAGGGAAUGGAAGUCCUAUUUCGGGGUUGAAGCACUUGGAAGCCGAGCUGGCUUUUCUAGGAGGGAUGUGUGCGGCGAGUAUGAUGAAGAAAGAUUUGCAAUUGCCGACAGUUGGAGAUGAAGGAGACGUCGACGUUGAAAUGGCCGAAGCCGUUGCGUCUCAAACUCUGGCUGUACACGGUUCGUUGCUUUCGAAAGGUUUGGCUUUGAGCAGUCCGCCUACAGUACAUCAAGCUUUGGACGGGAUGUUGCCGUAUAGUAUUCACUCCAACGAGAGAUUGUUCCUGAGAGAUUUCGUUAGUUGCGUCGCCGGCUCCAGUGGCGGUCGCUUAGCUCAGUGGCUUCAGCCAGGCAGCAGAGUAGAUCCGUCAAAAUGCCAAGUGCUUUACUCCAGAGAAGAAUUACGAUGCGGUUGGCCAGCCAUCAUAACUGUCGUCACAAGAGAUCAGUACUCCGAUCUAGUAAACGUGACCAACAUGAAAGUCGAAGUAAAGGCCAUCCCAAUCGACAAGAAAGAAUUAGGAGAAUGUGACGCCGGCAGAAAAAUACCUAGAGUGAUCCAGCCUGAUCCUCUGACUUUCGGAGGUCUAGUUCCACCACCGUUGCACAACCCUUACGAACCGACUAUCCGCGAUAAAAUGUGUUUCCACUCAAUUAGCGUCAUGAAGCCUUAUCAGAAUUAUUCUUUUGAGGAAUUAAGGUAUGCGUGCCCACCUGUGAAGAGAUCCAGCGAGAACAUGUUAGUGCGGCACAACAAUGAUGGUACUUACAGUGCCACCUGGACACCCGCAUCCGUCGGAUUUUAUUCAAUCGUGGUUAAUAUCGAUGGUUACGAUAUGGAGGAGGCUUUUAAAGUUGAAGUUAAGGAACCCCCACAAGGAAUGACGCCGCCUAGUCAAAUUACUGCUAAAAAAUCCAUAUAUCAACCAAGUAAAUUGAGAAAGUUUGUUGCUAGGAACUCGGCAGGUCUGAGGAUAAGGGCUCAUCCGUCAUUACAAAGCGAACAAAUAGGAAUUGUGCAUGUGAACGGCACUAUAGCGUUUAUUGAUGAGAUACAUAAUGAUGAUGGAGUGUGGCUGAGGCUCUCUGCAGAAACUAUAAAACAGUACUGUAACACUAGCAUAAUUGAAGCGUGGUGUUUGCAAUACAACCAACAUUUAGGGAAGACUCUUCUGCUACCGGUUGAAGAACCCAAGUCAAUUCUAGAUCAAGUGAUUAGCGAUACUAUAAUGCGAAAGUUACCAGAAAUCAAUGACAGACAUAAAAUUCCGGGGGGUUCUACUAGUAACUAUCAAGUCAUAAAGUGCGGAGCAUCCGGUCAUAAUAUUCGCAGUCGUCCUAGCCUGAAAGCGCCACCUGUUGGCAUGCUGGUUCUUGGUAAUCGUAUUAACGUAAUUGACUACACGGUUAAUCCAGACGGUUAUUGGGUCUUGCUCGACAAGACCACCGCUGAGAAAUAUUGUUUUAAUACCGACCACGAGGCGUGGUCGUUAGCGAUUGGUCCAAAUAACGUCCUAUACUUGGGAAAUGUUACUGGAACAGACAAAGAUACUUUUCCUCAAGUCACGACCGAGUUGGAACCAUCACGAUUAGGAAAAAAAGGCUUUGAUUUUUCUUACAGCGCGACGCCAAACCCACCCGAACCGAAUUUUUCAUUUGGAAGUCAGUCUUUACAAAAUUCAGCGACAACAUCAAAGGCGGAUCAUGUGUCGACUAAUCCUUUUGUUUUUGGGGAUAGUUUAAAAUCAGAAUCACCUAAGAUUCCUAAAAGGGAAAGAAAAGACGGCAAGCUGAGCAGUCUGCCGAAGUGGUUUAAAGGUGAUGAUAUGAAAGUUGAUAGUUCGUUCGAUGCCACCUCCAAAGACUACAAGUCUUUCGGAGAGCACGGUUCCAACGGUAACGGUAUUACUCCACCUGGAACUCCGAAAAGAUCGCAAAGUCCGAGAACGGGUCACUUGUCGCCGAAACCGAUGAGUCGCAGCUCGAGUCCAGUCCCUAUUCCGUCUACAGAACGGCAAGAGGUUGUCUGCUCUGUUGGUCAUAACCAUGCUGUACAGAAUAUGAUCUUAAGGCCAUUCGAAGCUAGAAGCAACAUACUACAUGACAGUACAAGUAGUAGCCCACAAGCUUUUGGUUCACCCCGCAGCAUUGGUAUGUCUCCUUUAGUAUCUGGAACUGGUCCGGAAUUUUCAGCACGAAGAGGUUCGAACCAGUCCGACACAAGUGCUUUGGUGAGUAGUAUCACUCGUGACUUAUCUCAGUCGCCAAGUCAGGCAACACAACCACGUGACCUGUCACCUAGUCCAAGCGGCAGUUCCAUACACACUCGUUCAGAAAUCAGUCCCCCACAUACACCAAACAAAAAGGAAAACACUGACUCCGACCAGAGUUCGAAAAAACUAACUCAGACAGGCACUCAGACUUCGCCCGAAAACAGCAGCAAUCCGUCAAUUAAGGGUCACUUUUCCAUCGGAAGUGGCAGCAAAGAUGAACGAAUGCCACCAAAGAUUUCUCGAAUGGACAGAGCGACAGGAAAAGCUAGACCGAAAAGGGCCAUUUCACCGGCAACUUUGCAGCAACUCCCUACAAGUUCUAAAGUGAGCUAUCACAGCUCGGAACCGCCGAAGCAGGCUAUGAGUCCAUCAGUUGCAGAGUCGCUCAGAGCAGUUUUCGCGGCCUUUCUGUGGCACGAAGGAAUUGUGCACGACGCUAUGGCAUGUGCCUCUUUCCUAAAAUUUCAUCCUACUCUUCCCAAACAAGGCGCAUUGGUCGUAACACGGCAACAAGACGUUCCUAUCGAUAAAAGACGCCAAGAACUCUCACGAGAAGAAAAAGCGAGACAAAGACAUUCCGUAGAAGUAAGCAAUGCAGGAACCUACUUACACAUCCAACCAGCCACUUUAGAGUCGCUAACACGAUCAGCAGCGAAUGCGAGUGCCAAUCGUAAAAGGCCUAACAAAUAUCCGAGUUCUAUAAUUAAUGAAGAAACCGGAGAAAAAUUUACUGGAGAGGGUGGCUACGGUUAUCACACCAUAUCGGUAUUACCUCCCGCGCUAAAGUCACUUGUUUUCCUUUGGGAAGAAUUGACGACGAAUUGUCUUCAGGCCAUAUCCCACGAAAUGGUGGUGGCAAGCCCGGUUCAGGCUAAAAUUAAAAAAAGCGAAAAAGUGGGAAUCGGGAAAAGCGACAGUAAAGAUAAGUGUGCAACUAUUGAAAAAGAUACCAAGAAAAGUAGGAAGAAAAAAAUCUCACCUAGGAAUUAUUUAGAAGAUAUAGGUCUCUCGAGUUAUUUGCACUCGUCUAGUUCAGAGACUUUGUGCGAACUAUGUGGUGAAAUGUUUCCACAUCCUGUCACCUACCACAUGCACCAGGCUCACCCAGGAUGUGGCCAACAUGCCGGAGGCAAAGGAUACAACUCUGGUGGCAACUACUGCUUAGGCUGGGCUGGAAAUUGCGGUGAUGGUGGUAUACCGAACAGUUCGUGGUACCUGUUGUGCGAAGGUUGCCGCGAAAAAUACGUAAAAAUGAACAGAGGCGGCAAACAGCAAAUGAAUAAAACCAAAAGCCUAAAUCGACGGAAAAACGUGUAUGUUAAACCUUUAUCGUCACCCUCCACAUCUCCAGGUUUAGAGCCUCACGUGAUCAUGAAAAAUAACGCAAUGUUCCUCUUAGAUUUAGCGAGUUCGGCUGACGCGGUAAUUAGUCGCCAAAGAAGGCCUUCUUCGAGUGUUAUGCCAUCGGUAUCUGAGAAUAAUUCACCUCCAGAUUGCGCAGGACCUUUCAGUCCUGUGCCUCCGUUUCAGUGUUUGCAAGCUUUAGGAGCGAAUUCGCUACCUGAUCCAGAAUUCUAUGAAAAAGUUUUGAGACAUCAAAAUUUACACGAUGUUACUCCGGGACAAAGACCGUUAUCGGAGGUGUCAAUCUCAGAUAAUGAUUCUGAUAGUAGUAAAGGGUUGAGGUUCCAUAGGUCGGUCUCAAUGGGCACUAAUGGUAUUCCGUGGUCAAAGACUGGGUUUGACGGGAGGGUCAUCAUGUUGCGGAAAAGAAACAACAGUAGCAGCGAAAUUGCGAAUGAAGGUGGCUCAUCCCUACUUUGUAAUCCUUCAAACGCCCUACAAAAAUUAAUACCAAAAAUGGAUACUUCUGCGAUAGUAAAAAAUGAAGCGAAUUCAGCUGAUCCCACCGAAGGUUUGGCACUAUUACAACGUCCUGUAAUGCAGUUUUUAUUACAACAACACGACUUAGAAUCUUUGCAGCUCGCAAUGAAACAAGCUCUCAGAAAAGCAAUGUGUCGAGUGUACGCAAUGCAAGCUCUAAACUGGCUCCUAAAAUCCGUUACACAACCAAUCUGCUUACAUGAUUUGCUAUGGUGGUUUGUCACUUCCUUGACACCAGCCGAAAUUGAAACGGAAACUGAUGACGACAACCGACCUUCGAAAAAAAUUGACGAUCAGGAUUUAAAUGUAUGUGAGCAUCCGCUGUCUGACAUAACUAUAGCCGGUGAAGCCGUCCAUCCCUUGCCAAGCACUUUUCACGCUCUCUUGCAAACUAUAGCCGACUUGAUGGUUCUUUUGCCGAUGGGUUCAUCCCUUCAGCAAAUGGCUGUUCGUUGUUGGGGUUUAAGAUUUGCCUCUACUGACCAUUCGUUCCUACAUCGAUCUCAAGUUUUUAGUAAUAUAAGUAAAAUACUUUCGCGUAGUGAAGAAAUGGAAGAUUGCACGGUAUCGAUGCAUGAAAGCCACCAAAGUGUUCUAAAUCAGGCUACUUGUUCCGUGGAAUGUUUAAAGGAUCUCACAGCUUCUGUAGAAAUUAAAGCCUCAAGUCGUCAAGCCAUGAUCGGUAGUUUAACGGACGGAUCCACCGAAACUUUUUGGGAAUCUGGAGACGAAGAUAGGAAUAAAACCAAAAGUCUGACUGUAGUUUGCGCCCAAAAUCAUCAUCCUACUUUAAUAUGUGUUCACAUUGACAACUGUCGCGAUUUAGGUAAUAAGGUAUCCAGUAUAACUUUUUAUUCCGGGCCCAACACAGAUGAAAUGAUUAAGUUACGUACCGUCGAAGUGGAAACUCGGCUGUUAGGAGGAUGGGUGAACUGUCCAUUGACAGAGUGUACCGACAGCGUUGUACGGUUGGAAUUGAAAGGUCCUGAUAAUUCUGUGCGUGUGAGACAAAUUCGCAUCCUGGGAAAAAUUGAAGGUGAAUCUUUGAAAGUUGGCAAACAGUACAGUGCUGCCACUAUACAACAAAGAAACUGUGAAGCCGAAACACUCAGAGUAUUUAGAUUGAUUACGUCGCAAGUAUUCGGUAAACUUCUGCAAGGAGAAGAAGGUCAGAAUUUGAAUGAUAGCUGUUCGGUUUCGGCUAGCGAGAGUUUGGAACCCUUGGAAGAGAGCAACGAUUUAAGGGAACAUAUGGUUGGAAUUUUGUUUAGUCGGAGUAAAUUAACGCACUUGCAAAAACAGGUGAUAGUUCACAUCGUACAAGCAAUACGUAAAGAAACCGAAAGGGUUCGUGACGAAUGGGAACUUCAGUUAUGUUCAGCCAAUGGUCUUUCAAACAGUGGCUACAGCCAGGACGUAACCAAAAAUUCAGACACUUACUGCUUUGAAAUGUUGUCCAUGGUUCUCGCAUUAUCGGGAAGUUCAGUGGGCAGAGCAUAUUUGUCUCACCAAGGUGGUCUUCUAGGAGAUCUACUCAGUUUGCUCCAUACUGGUAGUGCGCGUGUUCAAAGACAGGUAACGUCGCUUUUACGAAGAAUUCUGCCAGAAAUAGCACCCGAUGCAUUUGGGAAAGUAAUGGGAAUCACAGGUCUCCCUCCUAAAGAUUUUAGUAUAGUAUCAGCAACAUAUAGAGGCUGUGGGGGUGGUAAAUUUGACAUGUACAAACCAGGAGUAUUAGAUGUAUUUUUAAGUGUUAUUGCUAAAGCAUUAACUGUGCAAGUCAAAGUCAAAAGUAAAAGUGGAAGUGGCGGAGCACCCAAAGAAAUUAACACAGUCACUUUAGCCACUUCCAUCCACCCGAAAGACAAUUUAGGAAAACGAUGGUGGUUACGAGGAUGUGUGAAUAGGAAAUUAGCGGAAGUUAUCGUGCAACUAAUUAAAGACAUGGCGGCUGGGAAACUCUCGGAUGCUUGGGCCAACGUCACCAAGGGUGCCAUAGCAGAAAAUAUUUUGCAUUUGACUCAGCUCAGCGAGGAACAACGAGUUCCAACGACUUGUCUAAGAACACCAACUCUGUGGCUAGCUCUUGCUUCUCUAUGUGUUCUAGAUAAGGAUCACGUUGAGAGAUUAUCGUCAGGUCAGUGGAGUAACGCCGACGGCCAACCGGCACCUCCGAGACCCACAUGCACCAAUCACGACGACGGUGAAACAAACGCUGUGAUUCAAUGCAACUCCUGUGGCAAUUUAUGCGCCGAUUGUGACCGCUUUUUACAUCUACACAGAAAGACGCGAAAUCAUCAAAGACAAGUGUGUAAGGAAGAAGAAGAGGCUAUCAAGGUGGAACUUCAUGAAGGUUGCGGCCGAACUAAACUAUUUUGGUUAUUAGCAUUGGCCGAUGCGCGAACUUUGAAGGCUCUGAUUGAGUACAGGGAUGGAGGGUCUAGAACAAGAGGGGCCGGAAUGAGCGGAGUUUGUAGAUUUUGUGGUGCUACAGGCAGUUCUGGUCUAUUGGCAAUAGGCAAUGUUUGUGCAGAUCACGAAUGUCAAGAGUAUGGUCGAACAGCUUGCCCGAAGUUGCUGAACUGUGGGCAUAUGUGUGGUGGUAUUAUUGGAGAAGCAGUAUGUCUUCCAUGUCUGCACGGAUGCUCAAAUGAUCCAACUUUGAGACAAGACGCAGAUGAUAUGUGUAUGAUUUGUUUCACGGAGGCUCUGUCGUGUGCUCCUGCUAUACAAUUGAAAUGUGGUCACGUGUUCCAUUUACACUGUUGCAAGGCUGUUUUAAUGAAGCGAUGGGCAGGUCCAAGGAUAACGUUUUCGUUUUCACUUUGCCCCAUUUGCAAAGAUGAAAUGAUUCACCCUACACUAGAUGAACUGCUCACACCAAUCCGAGAACUGUACAAAGACGUCAAACGAAAAGCUUUAAUGAGGCUAGAAUAUGAAGGUUUGCACACUGUUGAAGCAAUAAUGACACCUGGUGCACGUUUUUACAACGAUCCAGCAUCGUAUGCCAUGGACAGAUACGCAUACUACGUGUGUUACAAGUGUAACAAGGCGUACUACGGCGGCGAGGCUCGCUGCGAUGCAGAAGUUGGAGAAAACUACGACCCUACAGAAUUAGUUUGUGGUGGUUGUUCAGAUGUAGCGAGGGCGCAGAUGUGCCCCAAACACGGCACUGAUUUUCUGGAGUACAAAUGUCGUUAUUGUUGUUCAGUUGCUGUGUUCUUUUGUUUUGGUACCACACACUUUUGUAACCCAUGUCACGACGAUUUUCAGAGAGUUACCAACCUAUCGAAAAGCGAACUACCGAAUUGUCCAGCAGGUCCUAAAGCUAAGCAGCUAGAAGGCGACGAGUGCCCACUUCACGUAAAACACCCCCCAACUGGAGAAGAGUUUGCUUUAGGGUGCGGUGUCUGUAGAAAUGCUCACACAUUUUAAAUAUCUCACUCGGUCCGUUAUCCUUAAGAAAAUAUAGAUCUCUGAUUAUAUUUAUAUUUUUUAAACAUAUAUACUCAUCUCGACUGUCAUGUCCUCUAGUAGUUCGUAUGUAGAGCUGAUUGUGUUCUAAUUUUGCGACUGUACUCUCUGUUAAUUUAAGGAAUAUUUGUCUCUAUAAAAUAGGUGACUUGAGUCGUAUUUCCUGUAUAUUUUAGUGUAUGGUCCUAUUUAUACCGUACGUGUGGUUGUAGUGUCGUUUUUUUAUUUAAUUAUUUUUUAUUUUAUUUUUGUUAACACAGUGGGAGGUUAUUUUCUGCUUCUGACUGCACAGUCUGUAUUUACUUCUUUAAUAAAUUUG